GAACAGCCACGUCCUCAGGCAUGGCCUCAGUGGGGGGGUGACUGUGUCUCCCCUGCCCCGAUGCCUCUAUCCUUCUGUCCUUCUAUCCCACCCCUCACCCCAACAUUACCCACCUCACCCCCUUGGCCCUCCCACCCCCCUGUCCAUCUGUCUGUCCCUCCAAUGUCUCCCUGUCCCACUCCCCAUCCAUCUGUCCACCCCUCCCACUACUUCCUACCCUUGUACCCCACCAGACGCCCUGGCUGUCCCCCCCUAAUCCCUCUGUCCCCACAGCUGUCCCUCUGUCCAUCCCUGAUGCUGGACACCCAUGUCCAUAUCCUGUCUCCCCACGGAAGCCCCCCCAGCCCAGGGUCAAACAUUAACCAGUGUUGUGCAGGGGCCACCUGUCCCUGUCACCCCCCACGAUGGCCCCUGUCCCCCCCGGCCGAAUGGGCACCUGGCCACAGGUGCUGCGUGGCAGGGUGACAUCAGGGGGGACAGGGGGAUAUAAGGACCUGCACGGCAGUGGCAGCAGUGGCACCGAGGAACCGGGGUGUCAGGUGCGUCCUCUCAUCCCGCCGUGUCCCCUUGUCCCGCUGUGUCCCUGUGUCCCCACCCGUGGAAGCAGCCAUGUCUCCCCGCUGGCCCCCGUUGCUGCUGGUGGCCUGUGCGCUGGCGCUGCUGCCGCUGAGGCCCCGCGCGGCCCCGGCCCAGCCCACCUACCCCGGCGACGACGCGCCCGUCGAGGACCUGCUGCGCUUCUACAACGAUCUGCAGCAGUAUCUGAACGUCGUGACACGCCCCCGGUAUGGGAAGCGGGCGGGCGGGCGCGUCCUGGGCGAGGAGCCCUUUGGUGCUGCGGGGUGCUGAGUCCCCAGGAACACUGCUGGGGCCGAGUGGGUGAAGAGGAGCCCGGGGAGUGCGGCCCCUGCCCCUCCACCGCACCCUCGACCCCCCCAGAGCUGACCCCGCAGGGUCGGGACAGACCCCCCAGCAAUAAACCCCCCUGCAGCCA